CCGGAAAUGAGAGCCUGCUCCAGCAGCCGCUGUCAAAAUCCAUAAUUGACCCAUUUCUGACCGUUUUUAGUCCAUCCAAACGGUACAUUAACGUAUAAUCUGACCGUAAUCUACUGACUCGGAAUGUACAACGGACUCUUGCCCAAAGGCUUAACCGAAGACGACCUCAGUCCAGAUGACGAGGAGGAUGCUGUUGAGGAGAAGAGGGAGGGAGACAAGUGUGAGGGCUCUGCAGAAAAGUUGAUCUCUGCCGGGGAAAACACAACAGCAUCGGCGGUGGAGGCACAGUCGACUCACACCGCCAGUGAUUCCAGCAGUAUGCCUGGUAUAUCCCAGGAAAUGUGGCAAAAAUUCCAGGAUCUACGGAAGAAGAAUGACGAGAUGAAGACAAUAAAAGACCCCAGACGAAGAAAAAAAAGAAGACGACAUAAGAAAGGAACAGAGAGGGAGGAACCCACAGAGACAAGAGAGCGUCAGGAGGAGCGGGAGAAGCACUGGGAUGAUCUCAAGCAGCACUUUGGUGUAAACGAUCGAUUUCAUCCCCCCGCAUGUUCCAAACCUCCUCCGCAGUCCGGCCUAGAAACGAGCAUAGAGGCGGCCAUAGCUGAAGGGGACAUUGCAAAGGCGGAGGAGAUGAGCGACAGACUCGCCACUCGAGAGCUGGCCGUGAAAAUCGCUCAAGCCGCUGAUUGCCGUGACUUCGUGCGACACAAACAGGAAGAGGAAGCUUUGAGGGCAGCACAGAAAAGGAAGGACCAAAUACCCUGGGGGUUUGAGGCUAAGAGGCGAUGGGAAACCAAAAGCAACAUGGGCUUCAUGUGACAAACACGGAGAACGACUGCUGUUCAGCUUUGUUUUUUAAGUUAAUUUGAUAAAAGCAGUGUUUUUUUUUUGUUUUUUUAAUGGUGAACUGAUCCCGUUUCUUUUUAUUCUCUUUGUAUAUUUUGAAGACUUGAGUGUGGGGGGGGGUAAGUCACGCAGUUGACUGAGGAAAAACCAAUCCAGAGGGUACAAGAGAGAGAGAGAAAAUUAUGGAGCAUUCAAAUUAAUUUCUAAGGCACCCAUUGGUGUCUGCAUUGUGUUAUUUUUCAUUACAUUUCAGUGAUUUGAGUGUUCUGCCCCCCCCCCCCCAAAAUUAAAUCUGGUGUACAUUACUGGAUGAUGCGUUUAUUUAUUGCUGUAAAGUGGGUUAAUCAUGAAGGCGCUCCUUUUCUUCUUCCGAGGGAGAGAAAGGAAAGAUUAGGGCCCUAAUGCAAUGUACAGGAUAAUGUGCGAUAGGAUUUGGGAGAAGAAAAUGAAAUUUGGCUGCUGUAAACAGUGUGUGAGCAGUUGUAAACUGGAAGUUGAGUGAACGUUUUGGGCGGGGAGAGAGGGAGGGGGGGGGCGAGACAUGAAACAGAGGCUUUGCUGUUGGCCCUCACCCAUGUUGGGAGACGAGCUAUUGUUUCUCAGCCCGAACAACAUCCCCGAGCCUACACUCGCUGCUCAUUGAGCGAUGAGCUCUUCAGCAUCUGUAAACUCCUCGAUUCCUCUCGCCGUCACUUUGAUCUUUUCCGAUCUUGCAGCGGUUGCCUCCGCAGCCGCUCGCGCUUCAUCCAGAUUCCAGGAAGUGUUAAUGGCAAACAGCAUGCAAAACAUGCACGAGCAUGAUAAUUACUUUUAUUCAUAAUGCCUGCUUCUAUGUUUUUUUUGUGUGUUUUUUCCCCCACAACCAUAGAAAAUGAUUGCUCUGCUUCAAGGUAAUGAGAAUUAAAAUUAAUCCCACCUAAGUUGUUUGCAUUGCACAUUUUGGGCAUUUUGUCCCCUGGUGAGGAGCAGCGUAGCUUUGCUGUGUAGGCUGAAACAAUGAACUAAACAUCAGAAAUAAAAGUUUGUGGGCAAUUCAUGACACAAUGAACUGAGCUGAACAAAGCUAGAUAUGACAAGAGCUCGCAAAACAAAUGCUGAAAUCUAAAAAACAAAAACAAAAGCCAUCUUUUCCAUCAUUUCACAUCCAAAGCGACUCACAUGACUGUGUGUCUGAGCGGCUGAGAAUUGGUGCUAAUUAAACUAUUAAUUAUCUCUGUAAUGAGACGCCAGUUAAAACUGCGUUAAGCACAUCAAAGGACAACGUGGGAUUUCUUCACUUUGAUGACUGCUAUGAAAAAUAUAUCUUGACUGAGGAGUGAGGGAACAUCAGAGAUGCUUCAUUAACGGGACAGAAAGUAGUCGAAUUUCAGAGCCUUCUGGAGCUUUGGGGUUUAUGAGUCCGUUUCUUCUUUCUUCUUCACAGGUGUGUAUUGCACAUUCGACAACUUAAGAACUUUUCAAGAAGGUUUUCUUCAGUGUUACAUUCAUCAUCUCAAUGAAAGAACAAAAAGCAUCUGAGAUGUAGAAGCCAUGUAGCCAUUAUUUUUCUUUUUUUUUUUUAAAGCUACUAGUUGUCGGCAAACAUGGUUGAGCGCCGCAUCGUAUCAAUAGCAUCUCACUUUAUUAAUCUCUCGGAACACAGGACGGUGCCCUGAGCAGAGAUGAUUCUGCUUUUAAGCUGGAAAAUCCACUUUCCCCUCAUCGUCGUGGUGAGUCUGUUCCUGGAGGCCCAUCUUAGCCCCCUGACCUGGGCUGAUUUGUUGUGAAACGCAGAGACACACUCCUUGGGCACAUGUCGAAGCCACUUCUAGGAAAAAUGUUUGUUGUGUGGUGUAAGGGGGGAAGAGAGUGUAAAAAAAACAACAACAAUCCCAUUAAAUGGUUGGAAAGCUGUUGUUGUAUGAAAGGGAACAUAUGUUGGUGGUAACGCAACAUCGGCACUAUCACUUGCUGCUAUCGCCGGCUAGAAGAGGAUUAACUCCAUCUCCGAGAUGCAGCUGAUAAAGACGAGCAACGCUGAAAACACACCUAACGGAGCGUGUACAUCAGACGUGGCAGUGUUGCUUUGUGGUGUUUUUAUUAUAACAUAAUAGCUGCUAUGGUGUGUUUUAUCCCAUAACUACUACUUGUUACACUUGCCAUCGUUACAUUUUCCACAUGUUAAUAAAGGUUUCAAUCCUUAUUUCAUUUAUAAAAUGUUUUACCUUCAUAAGGGUACCGUCGAUUUUCAAGGGAACGUACUUUUCAUGGAGGAUCUUUUCCGCUUGUUCCCAUCGGGAAACUAGUGUACGGUGGCUCUGAGGGGCAAAACACAACCGCAUUAGAUUCAACUUCUUAAAAAAAACAAUGAACACGUUUCACAGAAAACACUGACAAAUUAUUUAGACAAACGGAACAUUUACGAAAACACAUUUUCGAAAACUAUUUAGUUUUUUUUUAACAUACUCAACCACAUCAUUAAAUGUUUCAUUACCAACAUCAUUGCAAAAAAUAUGUCGUGUUUGAAGUGUUCUUGUCAAUGUUGUUGUGUUUUGCAUCUCUAGGCCACCGUAGAAAUGUCACUUUCCAUAUGUGAUGUCGUGUAAGUCACGAGCCCAUCUCAGUACACAAGGUAUAUUUGAAUUCCUCUCAAACCAACGCAUCGCAUGAGCGACAGGCAGUGUGGAUGUUGACAUAUUCCUCGGCUGAUUUAAUGACCUGUUUAAUUCUGGCACGUCUGCAGCCCCCUCAGAUGUUUCGCCAUUUUAAUUAGUGUAAUCGUUGCUCUUCAAAAAAGGCCACAGGGUUGUUUAAUGGGUCAUGUUUGUCAAGAUGCACAGAAUUAUAACACAAAAGAUAUGCCAUUUAGUCAGCGCGACAGUCUCCCAGUGAUUAUGGGUGUCACAAUUGAUAAUUAGAGGAAGGAGUGAUUCAUCUGAAAGCCAAAAUGAAGCUCUGUGGUGUGAGGAAAUUAGUUUGACAGUGUUUGGAUGAGCGGUGUUUACACUGCAGUGCGGCGGUGUGGGAACACUUUACCACUCCGGUGUUAACUGAAGCAACGUGCACGCACUCGCUGCUGUUUCUGGA